AACAACAUUCGACAAACGUUUAACUACCUUUUUGAAUUUAGAAAGAAAUCUCGAAACGUUUUAAUUUAAUGAAUGUGUACUGUGAAAAGUGUCGAUGGUAGCAAGAAUCGAUUACUAGUUAGCCUCGGCGUCUCCUACGACUCUUCAGGCGACAGCAUGUGGUUGUAAUUGUUGUUCUAUCUUGUCGACGAGGAAAGAUCACGCCGGUUUUGUGUCCUUCGUUUGGCCUUGAAGUUCGACGCUUCGAAAUAUAAAAACGGUAUGUCCUCGACUUUGAGUCUUUGAGGUUUGUUUUGUUUGUGUUUUAUCUAUCGACCAUGGGAGUACCAGCGUUUUUUAGAUGGUUGACGAGAAAGUACCCGUCCGUGGUGGUAGAAUGCGUCGAGGAGAUGCCGAAGGACAGGGACGGGGAGGAGACGCCCGUAGACUCCUCCGAGCCGAAUCCGAACGGAGUGGAGUUCGACAACCUGUACUUGGACAUGAACGGGAUCAUCCACCCUUGCACCCACCCAGAAAACAAGCCCGCCCCCAAGAAUGAGGACGAGAUGAUGGUGGCCAUUUUCGAAUGCAUCGACAGGCUUUUCAAGAUUGUGAGACCGCGUAAAAUCCUCUACUUGGCCAUCGAUGGAGUUGCACCGAGAGCUAAGAUGAAUCAGCAGCGGUCGAGGAGGUUCCGCGCGGCGAAGGAAGCGACUGAGAAGGCAGAACAGAUGAACAAGAUCAGGACGGAACUGUUGUCCAAAGGCUACACCCUGCCGCCUGAAAAAGAGUGCGGAUCCCAUUUCGACAGCAAUUGUAUUACACCAGGUACCGGGUUCAUGGCUCGUCUCACGCAGUGUCUCAACUAUUACAUACAUGAGCGUCUCAUGACAGAUCCCGGUUGGAAAGGGCUCAAAGUGAUACUGUCUGAUGCGAGCGUACCGGGUGAAGGUGAGCACAAAAUUAUGGAUUUCAUCAGAAGACAAAGGGCGCUGCCGAACCAUGACCCGAACACCCACCAUUGUCUCUGUGGUGCGGAUGCUGAUCUUAUUAUGCUGGGUUUGGCCACCCACGAACCUAAUUUUACAAUUAUUCGAGAGGAGUUUCAAAUGAACCAGCCUAAGAAGUGCGAUAUAUGCUCACAACCUGGCCACGAGAUGAAAGAUUGCAAAGGGCUGGACACAGUGAAAGAUCCUGAACUGUGCAACGAUUCCAUGUUUGUAGGUAGUGGGACGAAAUAUAUCUUUGUUCGAUUGAAUGUCUUGAGGGAAUACCUAGAAGAGGAAUUGAAAAUGCCCGAUUUACCAUUUGAAUACAACUUUGAAAGAGCUUUAGAUGACUGGGUUUUUAUGUGCUUUUUUGUAGGAAAUGAUUUUCUACCACAUUUACCAUCACUUGAAAUAAGAGAAGGAGCAAUCGAUCGUCUCAUUAAUCUGUAUAAAAAAACAGUUUAUAAAACAAGAGGGUUUUUAACAGAUAGCGGUGAUGUUGAUCUUGAAAGAGUACAUUUAAUAAUGUCCGAGCUAGGCGAAAUGGAAGAUGAAAUUUUCAAGAGGAGACAAAAAAAUGAACUCUCAUGGAAACUCAAGACUAAACAAAGAGAGAUGAAUAACUCGAAUUGUAACAUCAGGAAGUCGUACGCCGAGCUUAUGGAAGAGGUAUUACAAGAAGAAACUGGAGAUGAUGUCAAACUUUAUGAAGAAGGAUACAAAGAUCGUUAUUACAAACUUAAAUUUGGACUCAGCCAGUAUGAGAUACCCACCAGAGAGAAAAUUGGUUGGGAGUAUGUCAAAGGACUCUGCUGGGUUUUAAAGUACUAUUAUCAAGGUUGUGUGUCCUGGAAUUGGUAUUUCCCUUACCAUUAUGCUCCGUUUGCUUCUGACAUUGUAAAUAACAGGGAGGACAACCCAGUAUUUCCAGAGAAUACCACACCAUUCUCACCUUUAGAACAAUUAAUGGGAGUUUUCCCUGCUGCUAGUGGUAAUCUCGUCCCGCCAACUUGGGCCGAACUCAUGACCGACCCAUGUUCCCCGAUUCUUGAUUUCUAUCCGAAAGAUUUUAUGAUAGACCUUAAUGGCAAAAAAUACGCUUGGCAAGGUGUAGCGCUUUUGCCUUUCGUGGAUGAACAGAGGCUGAAAGCCGGUUUGAAGCAAGUCUAUGGAGAUCUCACUGAGGAAGAACGAGAAAGGAAUAUGAGAGGAAAUGACCGCUUGUACAUAAACAUCGGGGCAGAUUGUUUCGACUUUGUGAAACUUCUGAAUCCGAAGAACAAUGUAGAUAACGCUGUAGAUUUGAACGCUGUGGGAAUACAGGGAAAAAUUUUUGUCAAUAGUAGAGAAUAUUUCCAGGGGAAAACUGUAUGGUCUCCAGUUCCAGGAUUGGAACAUGUGAAAAACAACAGUGUACUUUGUGUGGCUUUCGUCGAUCCAAAAUAUCCUACAAAACACAAAUUCAUGGCCAACAGGCUCGAUGGUGCAGUCGACCCGCCAAGGACGUUGAAGAGCGGCCAAGGCAACAAUAGACCUAUGAUCGGGUUUGUGCAACGUAGAGACAGGGACUAUAUGGACGAUUCGGGCCACCGUAUGAUUCACCACAAUUUACCCCCUUGCCACAGUUAUAUUCCACUCGGGCCACAAGGGAACCCCUGGAGGUCUGGCCAAAACGAAUAUCAGCACAAUCGAAACCAACAACAAGGGCGCGGCAACAUGUACCAAGGUAGAAUGAACAAUAACUUCCGUGGAAGGAGUUAUGAUGACAACCGACAACAAAAUCAAAACUCUUAUAAUCAACCAGCUCCCGGACAAAGAAUGAGGCCCAAUAACUCAUAUGGCUAAAACCAGCAGACUCAACGCUACACACCCUACAACAGAAAUAAAAGAAGAUUCCAACAAUAAUUGCAUAUACUGAGGAACAACAACAAAAAAAAGUAGAUUUUAUUAACAUUAAUUACUUUCCUUACAUUUGAAUAUUUGUUUUAUUCAUGUACAAAUAAAAUAUAUAUAUUUCUCUCUCUC